CGGGGCAGGCAGUUCAGGUCGUUCGGCGUCCAGACCCGUCCUGGCCUUUGACGGCAGAAUGCCCGUAGACGGGCAGUGCGGUCCCGACGGCCCCGAUGAGGCCGAGGUGCAGGUGCUGCUGACCUCCAAUGCCGCGGCCGCUCCCGGCCGCCCCUCGGACCCGGACCCGAAACCGGACCCGAAACUCAACUCGCAGGCUUCCACCAACCCCGAGAAUUCCGCCAGGAACCGCACGCGAAACUUCAGGUUCUUCUGCAGCUGUAAUAUCAACAGGGGGUGUAAACUAUGGAUGAAAAUUGUGUCCUUUAUCCUGGUUCUGUUCCUUGUGGUUAUCAUAAGUUUGGUUCUUUCUUCAGGGAAAUGCGUAGAUGAUGAUGAAGAUGAGACUCCUGUUUUAGAAGUAAAUAAAACCUUCCUGGUUAGGCUUCAGAUCCCAGAAGAGUGUGAGGCCAAAGAGCAUGUACUUUCUAAUCAGCUGACCAAAAGGCUCACUAAUGUGUACAAGUCGUCUCCUGCCCUGAGCCCCUAUUUUUUGUCCAUCGCGGCUGCUGACUCCAGUUGCCAGAAUGCCACCACGUCCUACUACCUGCAGUUUGCCCAUCCGGCGGAGAGUAAUGACUUUGUCAAAUACAUCAUGAGAGAGGAGUUUGUGUUUGAGGUUUUGCGGCAAAAUUUCCAUGAUCAGAGCGUUGACGGCUGUGAAGCCCUUGGGCAGGAUCCAGACUCUUUCUCCUCUUCCUGUGAGUAAGGCAGGGUAGACAGGAGGACGACCUCAGGGAAAAUGGACUGGGCAAUCCAGUUUGUCAUCUCAGGGUCCCUUUUGGGGAUUAGUAGCCGAAAAUCCCUGCUUCCCCUACACCCCGGUGCCCAGGGGAACCUGGACUGACCCACUUGCUUAGCAACCAUGUGCUGUGGUAUCCUGCAAUCACACACUAGCAGCUGCAGAAGCUAGAAACCAAAGCCAUUUCCUUCUUGCUGGACCAGAGGCAUGCAGCUAAGAAAGAAGCUACCUAGACCUCUCUCCAUCAGGACGUCCCAACAAUCCAUGCACCAUAUGGAGAGAGUGAGGCAAUUCCAACCUCAUGAAGCUAUUCAAGGCUGGGAAGGCCAUGGCUGUGAAUGUAACCACAAACAUGACCCUGCUGUGACUUUGGGGCCCUGAGCCUGAAACUUUCUCCCCCAGGCUUAAUGACUUACUGCCCUCAUUCUGUUGCUAUGUCCUUGUCUUUUAUGUUGUUUUGAUGUUUCAGCUGGCUUAUCUUUCACUUUGUGUCUGCUACUAUCCCUCUCCUUCCUUUUAUUCUUAGAUUCUGAGCUCCUUGGGGUCAGGUACUAUAUUUAACGUUCAACAGCAGAUUACUCCCUAAGGGUCAGUAUACUGCUUUGCAUUUAAUAUAUACUACUGCUAUUACAUUAUAUUACUAGUACAUCAACACCAAGGCAUGUAGGGAGAACCUGUGGAGCAAAUGCUCCAAAAAGGAAGAGGAGCCAAAAUUUAAGAGUUAUGAUGUCUCUAGAAACCCUCAGCAAAGGCCAACGUACCCAGCCCUUAGAACAAUGCUUGGCACAUAGUAAGCGCUUAACAAAUACCAUUAUUCUUAUUAUGCAUGCCAGUCAGGUGGCAUGGCUAAUGGGACCAAGUCUGCUUCCUGGACAGUCAGGCACCCAAUGGUGUUGACCACCAAGAGUGCUCUAUAGGGAGUAGAGCCCUGCUCUGUGUGCUUGGGAGAGGAUACCAGAAGCCAAAAACAUUGUCCCUAUCUUCAGGGGACCUUCAAUCUAAAAAGGAACCGAGGUAAAUUUAAGUUCCAUACCAACAGUGGACGAAGGAGGGAGCGUAAGGACUCUGGAUGAACUACAUGAAUAAACAAUGGAAUACACAUUAGAAUAGCCAUUGGUGCGGAGAAGGGGUAUGAAUCCACCAAGUGUCAGAGUUGGUGGGGGCUGCUGUGAUUUGGGGUUUGAGGGUGUUUGCGGUGUACGAAUUGAUUUUAGGGCAGGGCUGGUCCCAACUAAAGCCACUUCUCCUCCAAGAAGUCUUCCUUGACUAAGCCCUCAUCUCCCCUCAUGCUACUGUCUAGUCUCGCCCCUUAAGCACUUAGGUACUCUCCAACCCCACUUCUAUAGUAUUUAUAUGUACCUCUCAUACUCUUACUUCCCCCACCUGUAAUUUAUUUUAGUGUCUACCUCCCCCACUAGACUGUAAGACUGUAGACUGUGAGAGAAUGUUCUGAUUUUUUUUGAUGGUUUUUUUAAAUGGUAUUUGAUAAGCACUUACUAUGUGCCACGCACUGUCCACACUGUACUAAGUGCUGGGGUAGAUACAAAAUAAUCAGGUAGGGCACAGUCCGUAUCCCUCAUGGGUCUCACAGUGGGAGAUAACUUAAGAGGGAGAACAGGGAGAACAUAUGUGUCAAUAGAAGAGUAUUCAGUACUCUGCAUAGAAUAAGCAUUCAGUAGAUACCAGUGAUUAAUUAACUGGAUAAAGGGAGUCAAAGCUGAGGUGUGGGGGCUGGGAGGAGUGUAAAGAUCAGAAGCACAGGUGUCCUGCUUGGCUCCAGGGAAAAACUAUGUUUGAGUCAAUUGGCAGGAUGGAUUUUUGCAAGCUCUGGUCUGCAGCCCCUGAAGAAACCCAUAGGAAUCUUUCUCUGGGCAGACAAGGGAAGGGGACUGAAAGCAGAGGCAAUGAGGAAUUAAGCAAAAUGGAAAAUCCUAGUUGGGUGAACUCUUCCCUAGGCUUGGUUCAAAUGGGGAGGAGGUACAGGGUCUCAGGACAAAGUGUUGGAAGAGUUAAAAUGAGCUCAACUAAAACUACUGAAAAUGUAUUUGUGUGUGUGAGAGAGAAGAAAAUUUUAUGUGCUACAUUUAUGCAUCAUGGAAUUAUAUAUGUAUAUAUGGAUGUGUGUAUAUAUGGAUGGAUUAAAUAUGGAGACAAAGUUACAUUAACUCUGAAUUUCUCACAGUAUAAUGAUUCUGAUGUGUUUUUUAAAAUGCUAAUGUUAAUUUUCUUAUGUCUUCAUUGUGCUGUACUUUUGGUAAUUUAAGAUAUUUUGGAAAAGAAAAUGAUUUAAGAAAUGUCUAUUUUGGAAUAAAUUAUUUUUGUCUUAUUGC